CACAGCUUCUCGUUGCUCGCGUCCUGCAGAACCAUAUUCCCGGGUCCCCGCAAAGAUCGGCCCGGGGAAGCUGCGGAAGAAGAAGUCUCGGCCGUGUCUGCCAAGUCAAGCCAAGCCUUGCCUUUCUUGGAGGGCGGCGCGAGAUGCUCCGUCGACGAAUUGGGCCGUGAUCGGGUGAUGGGACCGGGAACGAUAAAUAUCAUUGCCAUGGCGUGAUCAAGUUUUCGAAUGGUCUAGGAACUUCUGAAGGCGAGAAGGCGAACUUCAAACCCAUGAGCGUCCAGAUCGGUCACCAUGCACGCCUCGUCCUUACACCUGCUGGUCAGCGGCCUUCUGGCCCUGACGGCCACGGCUGCUCCCAGCAAACCCGGCCGUCCUUCGUCUAAGUUUGUCAGUGUCGAGGGCGAUAAGUUCAAGCUGCAGGGCAAGGACUUCCACUUUGCUGGAAGCAAUGCCUAUUAUUUCCCUUUCAAUGGGGUUCGUGGACUACUAAACCAGCAGGACAUCGAGAAGGGCCUGACAGCAGCGAAAAAGGCCGGGCUCACAGUGUUCCGCACGUGGGGGUUCAACGACAAGAACAGCACCUUCGUGCCCGGCGGGCUGCCGCAGUACGGCGGAGAGGGCGCCGGCCCAUCCGAGGUGGUGUUCCAGUGGUGGCAUGCCAACGGCACUUCGACGAUCGACGUCUCGGGCUUCGACAAGGUCGUGCAGGCGGCAACCAAGGUCGGCGGCAUCAAGCUCGUGGUGGCACUGACCAACAACUGGGCCGACUACGGCGGCAUGGACGUGUACACAGUCAACCUCAGGGGGCAGUACCACGACGACUUCUACACGGUGCCUAGGAUCAAGGACGCCUUCAAGCGCUACGUCCGGGAGAUGGUGACGCGGUUCAGGGACUCGCCGGCCAUCAUGGCGUGGGAGCUGGCGAACGAGCCGCGCUGCGGCGCCGACGGCGUUCGCAAUCUCCCGCGCAGCCCCGGCGACAGGUGCACGCCCGCGGUGGUCUCGAGCUGGAUCGCCGAGAUGAGCGGGUAUAUCAAGACGCUGGACCGCAACCACCUGGUCACCUGGGGCGGCGAGGGCGGGUUCAACCGGCCGUCGGAGGACGACUGGGCGUAUAACGGCGCUGACGGGGGCGAUUUUGACCACGAGUUAUCGCUGGACACCAUCGACUUUGGCGUGUUCCACUCGUACCCGGACUGGUGGAGCAAGACGGUCGAGUGGACGGACCAGUGGAUCCGCGACCACGCCGCGGCGGGUCGGAGGGCGGGCAAGCCGGUUGUUCAUGAGGAGUAUGGUUGGCUGACGCCCGAUAAGAGGCUCGAGUACACGGGUAAGGUGGAUAACCGGACGAGAGGGGAGGUUGUGGGCGCGUGGCAGCAGACGAUGGUGGCCGAGAAGAUGGCGGGGGAUAUGUACUGGCAAUACGGGUUUUCGAACUACUCGUAUGGUCGCAACCAUGAUGAUGGGUUCACGAUUUAUCUGGACGAUGAGGAGGCCAAGACGCUGGUGUACCGGCAUGCGAGGGACAUGAAUGCUCUCAACCGUCGCUGAGGCAUGGAUGGUUGCAGCAGAAGGGAGGGGGGAUAUAUCAGGGGGUUUAUUUUCUGUUAUCUGCGUAAAUA